UGGCUGCGCCCCGCCUCGAGUCGCGCCUUGUCAACAGCAGCCAUGCCCGCCAAGUCCCCCGCGCAGACGCUCGUCGAGAAAGCAGACAAGAAGGCGAACUCAUCCACAGGAUGGUUCUCCUCGUCGACCACCAAGUUCGAGGAGGCGGGCGAUCUGUACCAGCAGGCCGCGAAUGCGUUCAAGAUGGACAAGCAGUUCAAGGAGGCGGGCGACUGCCACGCCCGGGAGGCGGAGUGUCGCGAGAAGUGCAAGGAGAUUAACGAUGCGGCGAACGCGUGGUGGAACGCUGCCAAGGCGUACAAGCGCGGCUAUCCCGACUUGGCCGUGCAGGCACUCGCGCAGACGAUUGUGCACUUGACUGCUAGUGGUCGCUUCCGCCAGGCUGCGGACAGGGAGAAGGAGAUUGGCCAAAUUCACCUGCAAGAGGCUAACGAUAUACGGAAGGCGUGUGAGAGCUUCGAGCGAGCAGCCGAGUGGUAUGCUCAGGAGGAUGCUACUGCCACUGCUAUGGGCUGCUUCAAGGACGCUGCCGACCUUUACGCCGAGCUCGAGGACUACCCUCGGGCCAUCGCUCGCUACGAGCAGGUCGCAGAUCACUCCUUGACGUCCGCUUUGACCAAGUACAGCGUCAAGGAGUACUGGCUGAGGUCUACGCUUUGUGCGCUUGCCAUGAACGACCCCGUCACUGCUCGCCGCAACCUCACUAAGUACGAGCGACAGGACGUGACGUUCGAAUCUACACGAGAGGCCAAGUUUGCCAAGGCCCUCAUCGAGGCUAUCGAGGCCGGUGACACCGAAGCCUUUACUGGCGCCGUCUUCGAGUACGACCGUAUCAGCAAGCUCGACAACUGGAAGACGGCCAUCUUGCUGAAGAUCAAGAGGACGAUCCAGGAGGAGCCGGGAUUGCUGUAAACGCUAGGCGCGUCAUGCGCGAUGUAUCUAUUGUUGUGAACCGGAUAUCUGUAAUCACUAUACCUUCUUCGUCCCC